AUGCGAGCCCAAAACGUUGUCAGCGCAGCUGGUACUUCAGCUUUGAUGUUGGCUGCUUCUGCUGCUGCCGAACAAGCUGUAUUCCAUCCCACCUCCCUCACCGCCCCUUUCAUCGAACAGUUCAACGAGAACAUUGCCGAUUCCCGAUGGACCAUCUCACGAGCCACCAAGCAGACUCCGGUAGGCGACGAGAUCUUCUCUUAUGUAGGUCAAUGGGAAGUUGAAGAACCAGAGGUGUAUCCAGGUAUUCAAGGUGAUCGAGGUCUUGUAUUGAAGACCAAGGCCGCUCACCAUGCCAUCUCAACUCUUUUCCCUGAACCUAUCGACCCAAAGGGUAAACCCCUAGUAGUUCAAUACGAAGUCAAACUUCAAAAGGGACUUGAAUGCGGUGGUGCUUACAUCAAACUCUUGACCGAAGGUGAAGGAGGUGAAGGUUUCAGAGCUGGUGAAGAUUACACGGACAAGACCCCAUUCACAAUCAUGUUCGGUCCCGACAAGUGUGGUUCCACCAACAAAGUCCACUUCAUCUUCAGACACCGAAAUCCAAUUACUGGUGAAUGGGAAGAGAAACAUCUCAAGAACCCUCCUGCUCCUAAGAUCACCAAGACCACGGCUCUAUACACUCUGAUCGUCAACCCCGAUCAAACCUUCGAAAUCCUCAUCAAUGAUGAAUCAGUCAAGACCGGUAGUCUCCUUGAAGACUUCACUCCUGCCGUUAACCCACCUAAGGAAAUUGACGACCCUGAGGACUUCAAGCCUGAAUCAUGGGUUGACGAAGCUGAGAUCGAUGAUCUCGAGGCCACCAAGCCUGCCGAUUGGGACGAAGACGCUCCUCUCAUGGUGACUGACACUGACGCCACCAAACCUGAUGACUGGCUGGAGGACGAGCCUGAAUACAUCCCCGACCCAGAAGCUGAGAAGCCUGAAGAAUGGGAUGACGAAGAGGAUGGAGACUGGGUCCCUCCAAUGGUACCUAACCCCAAAUGUGAGGAGGCUGCUGGAUGUGGUCCAUGGAUUCAACCCAAGAUCAAGAACCCUAAUUACAAGGGCAAAUGGACCGUUCCCAAGAUCCCCAACCCAGCCUACAAAGGUCCAUGGGCAGCUGCCAAGAUCCCUAACCCCGCUUUCUUUGAAGACUUGCACCCAUCUGACUUCACCAAGAUCGCUGGUAUCGGUAUUGAGCUUUGGACCAUGACCGAGGAUAUUCUCUUCGACAACAUCUUCAUCGGACACGAUGCUUCUCAAGCUAAGAAGUUCGCCGACGAGACCUUCCACGUCAAGAAGCCUAUUGAGAAAGAAGCUGAGGGAUCGCUAGAGGACGAGGAUCUCGACCACCCUAAUACUUUGGUCGAUAAGAUCCGAUUGAAGGUUUACGAAUUCAUCCACCUCGCUAGCAUCGAUGCUGCCUCUGCUGUCAAACAAAUGCCAGAAGUUGCCGCCGGUCUCGCUCUCACCGCUUUCACCACUCUCGGUAUGCUCCUUGCUCUAUUCGGUUUGAUCGGUUCUGCUCCUACCAAGGUGAAACAAACUACCACUGUCAAGAAGACGCCAUCUACCAAAGCUGUCGCACCCGUUGCUCCUGCGGGAGAAGAAGAGAAGAAAGCUUUGGAUGAUGCCGGUGUACCGGUCCCCAACCCCGAGGUCACUAAUCCUGAAGUACGAAAGAGAACUACCCGAUCUACCAAGGAUUAA